AGAAACGGCGUCGUCUGUCUGACCUCUGGAUCCUCGAAAUCCCGAUCGAGUCUUCCUCUGGAAAUCUGAAACGAAGGAAACAAGAGAAGCAGAAAGAGAGAGAUGGUGAGUGUUUAUUCCGAUUCCCCUUGACCUUCUUUUCCAAACCCUAAAUUUGUUCCCUCGCUAGCUCUUCCGUUCCCAAUUUCAAAACUCCGACUCGGAGUGGCAGAGAACGAACAUGUCGUCGUGGCUGAGAUCUGCGGUCAACAAAGCCGUCGAGGCCGGCAACAAGAACAACCUCACUCGCACCGUCAAAAACUACGCCGACACCGUCGUUCAGCACGCUGGCCAAGCCGUCGCCGAGGGCGCCAAACUCCUUCAGGAUCGCAUUAAUGCUCGGAAUUACAGAAGUGUUGCGCAGACCAUUAAAAGGUUGGAAGAAGCUGCUGUCUCUUACAGGGGACCUGAGAGAGUGCAGUUGCUUAGGAGAUGGGUGGCUGUGCUUCACGAGAUUCAGAAGUUGUCUGAAGCGUCAUUGGCUGAAGGUAAAGAGAGGACUCUCGAGCAGCACCUUGCAGUUGAAGAAGCCAAGGAGAACCCAGGGAGACCAUCUCAGAUUCUUUAUUACGAUUCUGAUGUUGGAGGUGAACCAUUGAAUUUUCGUGAUGUUUUUCUUCAAAGUCAGGCAUUGGAGGGUAUAACAUUAUCCAUGAUUAUUCAUGCUCCUAAUGAGGAAGAGGUUUCCCUACUCCUGGAGAUGUUUGGACUUUGUCUCACUGGAGGAAAAGAAGUUCAUGAUGCCAUAGUAAGCAGCUUGCAAGAUUUAGCAACUGCCUUUUCAAACUAUGAAGAUGAAGUACUGGUGAAGCGAGAGGAAUUGCUUCAGUUUGCACAAGGUGCCAUCACUGGGUUGAAAAUCAAUUCCGAUCUUGGAAGAAUAGAUGCUGAAGCCUUUAGUCUUAAGAAAAAGCUCACCGAGAUAACAACUUCAGAGGGGCCUGUAAGCAAAGUUGAUUAUAAAGCUGCUGAGGAAACAACAGCAACGUUAGAGGCUUUGAAAAUUGCCCUUGCUCAGAUUAGAAUCUGUUCCAGACUUGAAGCAUUAUUGCUGAAGAAAAAAAAUUUAAGCAAUGGAGACUCUCCUGAAAUUCAUUCUCAAAAGGUUGAUAAGCUGAAGGUUUUAACGGAAUCUCUUGCCAACUCUGCUGCAAAAGCUGAAAAGCGUAUUUUAGAUAACAGACUACAAAAAGAGGAGGCAUUAAAAGUUCGAGUGACUAAAGAUGGUGAAGCUAGUGAAAAGGAGAAGGAACUGGCAGCUGAGAUAUCUGAACUGCAACGCAAAAAAGAAGAUCUUGAAGCUGAAUUGAAAAAGGUUAACACUACUUUGGCUGCUGCUCAAGCUCGACUAUGGAAUGUGAGGGAAGAGAGAGACCAGUUUGAGGAAGCAAACAAUCAGAUAGUUGAGCACCUGAAGAUAAAGGAAGUUGAACUUUCAAAAUCAAUUAGCUCAUGUAGGGCCGAAGCUGAUGUUAUCAAAACCUGGAUUAAUUUUCUGGAAGAUACUUGGGUUCUUCAGCGGUCAAAUGCAGAAAUUAAUGACAAGCAGGUCAAUGAUGAAUUGGAGAGACAUGAGGACUACUUUGUGAACUUGGCCAUUCAACUUCUUACUGCUUACCAGAAAGAGUUAGAGCCUUGUAUUAACCAUAUUGGAACAUUUGUCACGAACCUCAAGAAUUUAAGUCAGAGGUUAGAAAAGACAUCAAGUGCACAUAGUGAGGAUUCAGAAGUAUUAAGUCCAAGGAGAAAUCUCGAGGAGGAAUAUUUGAGCUAUGAGGCCAAGAUUAUUACCACCUUCAGUGUAGUGGAUAACAUGAAACAGCAGUUUUACGCUCAACACGGAAGAAUUUCCAGGAAAGAUGAAGACAGAGUUAAAGAGCUGUUUGAUGUCAUUGAAAAGUUAAGAACUCAAUUUGAGUCUAUUGAGAGACCGAUUCUAGAAAUAGAGAGCCCUGCAAAGGUUGAAACACCGCCUCCUGAAAAGUCCGAUGGUACUCCAUCACUUUCUGUUCCAGCUCAAGGUGCGGAGCAUUCAAAGCCAGAGACGGUUGAAAAGCCAAAAUCACCUUCAGCUAAGGAGCCAAAAUCACCUUCAGUUAAGGAGCCAAAAUCACCUUCAGUUAAGGCAGACCAGAUAUUGGAUCAUGAAGCUGAAUUAGCUAAGCUGGAAUCCGAGUUUGGGAAUGUUAGUCAGGAUUAUUCAGGAGAGGAAAUUGGUGAUUGGGAAUUCGACGAGCUUGAAAGAGAAUUGGCUUCUGGUGAUUCAGCAAACAAGUAGUUAGGUCAAUCUUAUUUGAGUAAUUAAUGCUUGCUGUUGUAUUUUUAUAAUGAAGCAAGUGCAAGUAUCAUAAAUUUGUAAGCCAUUGGUCGGCCGUUUAUGAAGCUUCAAUUUGGUUCAGAUGCCUUUGAAUUUGUAAACAUUACGAAGCAUAAUAUCUUUAUUCUUCUGUAAAUUAAUGAGUUUGUUUGUAACACAUCGCAGACCAGUCAACAAAAGAUUCGAAAUGUUCAGGGUGGUUGUAAA